CAGAAACAAAACAGACCCAAUCUGCAAAUCGCAGCCUCGAAGAAGACCCAUCUUCUUCUAAUAUUCAAACACAUCGGCGAUUCAACGACAAGGCCGGCCGGCCGCCCCCACCUCGAUUACCGCCAUUGGAGUUCCGCGUUUCGAUUAUUAUUAUGUCAUCGGCCCCCCUUGAGAUCGAAGCCCGUCAGCUCAGCCUGCCGAACCACCUCCACACCUUUUCGCCGCAGAUUUCUUGCCUUCUAUACGACCCAAUUUCCAGCGCCUUAGCCCUCCGCCAUUCCGACUCCUCCUUCUCUCUCUACCCUUCCUUUACCCCUCUCUCUCUCUCAUCCUUUCCGCGUCCCGGAUCCCUAGUCCCCUCCCCGACCUCCGCCGCCGCCUUCCUCCACCUCCGGACUGCCGCAAACCCGACGACUACCACCGUAUUCGUCACUUCUUCCCCUCUCCUCCGUCCCUCCCCGUCCACGCUCAUCCGUUUCCACGUUCUGCGCGGCGGUCGUUUUGUCGGAGCCAGAGUUGUUUCGAGCCACAGGGACUUGGAGUUCGACGGGACCAAGUCCGGGGUCGUAUUUAAGGUCAGUCAUGGGGUCUCGGUGAAACUGUCCGGGGGGAUUAAUGUGUUCUCGUUGUAUUCGGUUUCGAAUUCGAAGAUUUGGGUUUUUGCCGUGAGAUCGGUCGGAGAUGAUUUGAAGCUCAUGAAGUGUGCCGUGAUCGAUUGCUGCUUCCCUGUGUUUGCAAUUAGGGUUUUGUUUGGGUUCUUGACUCUUGGAGAGGAGAAUGGAGUUAGAUUUUUCCCUCUUCGCCGCCUGCUCAAAGGAAAUCAUAAAUUGGAGAAGAAAAUAAACGGUAAGAAAAUCAAUUCCAGACGCGGUUCGACCAAUGCAAUUGAUCUUGCAAUGGCUGAAAAAAAAUCAGAUUCUUCUGAGAAGUUAAGGUGUGCGAAAAUAAGACAAGAUUCAAAAGAUGUUGGUGCAUUUUUCGUAACUUUUGAUAAGAAUGCAGACAAUUCGACGAAUGGGAAACUAGUGAAGACAAUUUCUAUCCAGGCAUUAUCUCCUAGUUGCUUUGUGGUGUUGGAUUCAGAUGGAGAUGUACACCAUUUAUGCAUAUCUCAUUCUGUUCAAGGGUUAGAAACCUCCUGCACCGUGAGGCGGCUAACUCGAACCAUGAAAGCUGCAGAGAUCGCAGUUUUUCAUGAUGUCUCUGCAGUGAUGCAAUUUAUAUGGAUGUCUGAUGGAUGCCAUACCGUGCAUGUGACGGCAGUCUCUGAAGCUGAUGUUUCUUCUGACAAAAUCGAUAAUAAGGAAACCAAUGAAAACCUCCUACAAACUUCAGUUAAACAGACAAUUUUUACGAGCGAAAAGAUCCAAGAUGUUGUGCCUUUGGCUGCUAAUUCUGUGCUGAUUCUCGGACAAGGAAAUUUGUUUGCAUAUGCGAUUUUGUAAUCUUACCUGAUAUUUAUUUUCCGAAGCUGGAUAUUAAAAGGUGGAACUGUUGAAUGAUAUUUGUCCCACGAACCGACUGGUCGACAAAAUUGUUGUGAUCCCCUCUCUGCCAUAGAAAAGUUGGUUAUGAUCUCGGGCAGGACCAUAUCUGACUUGUGGAGAGACAGGUACGUAUUCCUCGAGCUUAUCUUCCUUCAUUACUACAAGAAUGAGUAACCUGGUCAUUGAAAUCUUGUUAUAGAAAUGGAAGGAUUUCUGAUAGGUUCUAUGAGAAGAGACGAUUGCAAAACGCAAAACUGGCAAAAGACCUCUGAGGAGAGUAGGUAACUGUAG